AUGCUGACUGAAUUUACAUCCUUCUUUGAUAAUUUCGACGUUCUCUAUAAAAUCAAACAUAUAUGGUCAAAGUUUUAGCAGCCUGUAUAUGAAAAUGAUUCAAUUAGUUUUGAAUCUGCCUGUCAUAAAAUAUGCAGAAAAAAGAAAAAGCUCAAACCAAUUUCAAUCUAAUUGGGCUAAGAAUAGAUGUAUCUUUUCAAAGAUAAAAGUCCUCAUGGAAUGCUCCAAUUAACAGUAGUGAUUAUGAGCAUCUAUAAAACCGAUUAUGGAAAGGCUAUCAGAUUGAAAAGAAAUGGAUAAUAUAUCGAUUUAAUUACGUCGGAUCCUAACGUUCUCAAGCAAUUAUUGUAGUAAAAGUGUCUUCAAACUACAUUUCAUGAUGACUUUACUGUUUCCAAAAUGAUAGGCAAAGGGAGUUUUGCUAAAGUAUAUUUAGCAGCCAAAAAAUCUACAGGAGUCUAAUUUGCAAUAAAGGCAUUCAACAAGGAGUUCAUGCAAGAAUAAUUUAGAGGAAAAGAGAGUUUAGAGAAUGAGAUCAGAGUCAUGCGAAGGCUUAACCAAGAAAAUCUAGUACAUUUACAUGAGGCCUAUGAAACUCAAAAUUCAAUCUAUUUUGUUCUGGAUCUAUUAGAAGGAGGUGAAUUAUUUGCAAGAGCUAAGAUAAGUCCUUACUCAACAGAAUGCCUAUAAAAAUUGAUGUACAAUUUUCUUAAGGCGCUCUUACACAUUCACAGUAGGAAGUGUAUUCAUAGAGAUUUAAAACCGGAAAACUUAUUGUUAAGAACUUAAGAAUACCCAACCGAUAUUGUUAUUGCAGAUUUAGGAUUAGCAACUUUUCUAAAUGAAUAGAUUAUAUUUAAAAGGUGUGGGACUCCUGGAUUUGUUGCACCAGAGAUUUUAAUAUAUAAGUAAGAUGAUCCUUUUUAUGAUGAUAAAUGCGAUAUAUUUAGUGCUGGUGUGAUUUUUUACAUCCUACUUACAGGCAAGCAACCUUUUUAAGGUUCUGAUUACAAAACAAUCUUAAGAUCCAAUAAAAACUGUGAAAUUAACUUCAAUAUAAAGCAAAUUUAGUAGUCUUCACAACAAUUAUAGGAACUGUUGAGAAAGAUGCUACAAUAAAAUCCAAAAGAUCGGCCUAAUGCCGAAGCCUGUUUGUAACAUCCCUAUUUCAAAGAAAUCUUCGAUAAAAAUGACUUAAUAGAAAUUCAUGAAAAUUUAAAUGAAUAAAAUUAACGUCUAUUAUUAAAAAAAGGUAGUUUUGAAAGUUAAGUGGGAUCCAUGGAAUUAAUAACUAGAUCUCCUGUUUUAAAUGGUAGAAUUGAUUCAGUAGGAUCAUUAUCAUAUGGUUCAGUAUUAGGGUCAUCAACUCGUUUGGAAAAACCACAACUACAUCAACAAUAAUAUUAAUCUAAAUUUAGUCAAUUCUGUUAAAAUAUGAAGAAUGUUCAACAAGAUCAGAAUGGCAGUCCUCUAGCAUCUCCUUUAAAUAAAAGAAAAGAUUCAUAGGACCUUCAUAAAUUUGCAUUGAAAAACUCUUACUAGUAAAAACAACUUAGCAAAGAUGAUGAAGAUGUCAAUGAAGAAUAAACCCAUUUAGAAAGUUCCAUACAGAAAUUAAACUCUUAGUCAUCUAAAAUUGGCUUAUUGAAAAAGAGUGCUUCCUUUUAGGGGCCAAAAACAAUAUAGGAAUGA